AUCACCUCCCCGGGAAACCGCUUCCGGGUUUCUUCUCCUCCCAUCAUAACGACAGCGCCGGCGGCGGAAAUGGCGGCGCUGAAGACGAAGAUCCGUCGGAAACUCAGAGGCAGCGACGGCGGCGACGGCAUGGGCGUUAUUCCACGGAACAGUUUCUUCGUGUGCUUCGUCUUGUUCAUCUUCUCCUUCGUUCUCUUGUCUGGUUCUUUCGUCUUCAGAGGUGACACCAUAACCAUAUUUUUUUUCCUUAAACCACGACGGUUUUUCGAGGAAAAAGUUCGGAACUUUAGUUGUUAAUUAAUGUUUUUUUUUAAUUUAUCUGUUAAGCAGGGAAGUUCCACCCCGUCGUACGGACGAGAUUGAGUUCGCCGGCGACGAUGGCUCUUUCCGGCAAUGCUAGCUCGUGGUCGACGGCGAUCACAAUCCGUGAAGCGGUUAAAUUUCCCGACCAAACGUUGGUUUUCCUAAAAUACCCUCAGUCUGCUCGGUUAUUUACCAAAGAGGACAUCAUCUGCGUUUUUUCCUCCGCCAACGAUUCCUUCCAGCUGAAGAAGCCUCCCUCCGCCGUGGACAACGACGAUCUCGGUGGCCAGAUCGUCCGGUGCCCAAUCAUGCCACGUGGCACCUCCAUAUCGCUCGUCCUCCUGAGAGACGUUCACCUCCCGCCCGGGCCCACCCACCGGUGGAACUGGCUGGCAUACGACGCCGUGAUCGACUACGACAACUCUACGGUGGUCUUCGCCAAGGGGCUUAAUCUACGGCAAAGUAAAGUUGCUGACAUGUCGAGGUACGAGUGCGUGUACGGCUGGGAUUUCACGAAGCCCAAUUGCUUGCUGAGAUCGGAGGUCAUCUCGGCGGCCCAGGAGAUCGUACGGUGUAGAACGCCCCUCAGCGUAGUGGACGGCCCAAGAUCGGCCCACAGUCAGGUCAAAGUCUCGGUCAGAGUCAAAGGCAGGCGUGGUGGGAUGCUUCCCUCAUCAGCCCACCCGGUUCGGGUCAAGAACCCGACCCGAAAACGACCCUUCGAGAUGUGCGUUUGCACAAUGACGCGAAACUCGGCCGCGUUUUUGAGAGAGUGGGUGAUGUACCAUUCCCGAAUCGGCGUUCAACGAUGGUUCAUCUACGACAACAACAGCGACGACGCCCUACCCGCCGAGAUCGAGAGCCUCGACAAGCUCGGCUACAACAUCUCCAGACAUCUAUGGCCGUGGAUCAAGACCCAGGAAGCUGGAUUCGCCCAUUGCGCGAUCCGGGCACGCAGUGUUUGCGAUUGGGUCGCGUUCAUCGACGUGGACGAAUUCUUCUAUUUACCAUCGAGGUUAACAUUACCGGACAUCAUCAGACGCUACCCGGCCUCCGGCCACAUCGGAGAGCUCCGGACAUCGUGUCACAGCUUCGGACCGUCUGGUCUGAGAGACCGGCCUCGAGACGGAGUCACGGUCGGGUACACAUGUCGGAUGGCGUCGCCGGAGAGGCAUAAGAGCAUAGUGCGACCGGAAACGCUGAACGCGACGCUGAUAAACGUGGUACACCAUUUCCACCUCCGCGAUGGCGUGACGUCUGCCGAGGUGGGCAGGGGUACGAUGGUAAUUAACCACUACAAGUACCAGGUGUGGGAGGUUUUCAAGGAUAAGUUUCGCCAGAGGGUGGCGACUUACGUGACGGAUUGGCGAAAAGGAGAGAAUGUCGGGUCGAAGGAUCGGGCACCCGGGCUGGGGAUCCGACCCGAUGAGCCACCCGAUUGGGCCGAGAGGUUCUGCGAGGUGAGAGAUUCGGGUCUUAGGAAUUGGGUUUUGGAGAAUUUUAGGGAUCACAAAACGCAGCGUUUGAUGUGGGAGAAAGAGGGAGUGAAAGAUGAAGUUAGAGCGGAAACGGGUUUGUGGGCCCCUAAAAGGAUAUCUUCGAUCUUCUUCUUUGUAGAUGGAAAAUUAAAUGCCCAUUAGCUGGAUAUUAGAAUUUAU